CUUUGUGUGGCGAGACACGUCUCCUUGAAUCGUGUUUGUACGCUGGAGCCUGGAAGCAAGAAAUUUGGAACCCCUUUGAUCCUAUCCCUGCCUCCCGGCUCCCGCACACCCCUGGUCUCUCGGGCUCGUCCCAGCUCAGAGCCCCAGACCCGAACACGAUGCGGCUGCGGCGCCAAGGCUCCCCCCUCCUAUGCCUAUCCGCGGCCCUCCUCGCGGUCGCCCUGCUCACCGGCGCCGCCGUAGCCGAUGGCGUCACGCCCUCCGAGGCGCGCCGGCUACGGGACGAGGUGAAAGAUAUGUUCUAUCAUGCAUUUGAUGGGUACAUGCAACAUGCUUUUCCACUUGAUGAACUGCGACCAUUGAGUUGCAAAGGAGAAGACUCCCUUGGUGGUUAUGCACUUACUCUUAUUGACUCUUUGGAUACCUUGGCUUUACUAGGUGAUAAGGAGAAAUUUGGUGCUGGUGUGGAGUGGGUUGGUAAGAACGUCCGCUUUGAUAUUAACAAAACCGUUUCAGUUUUUGAAACCAAUAUUCGUAUCCUUGGGGGUCUGUUAUCAGCUCACUUGAUUGCCAGUGAUUAUGCCACCGGUAUGAGAAUCCAAUCUUACGAUGACCAGUUGCUUCAUUUGGCUGUUGACUUAGCCCAGAGGUUGUUACCUGCAUUUGACACUCCUACAGGUAUUCCAUUUGGAUCUGUUAAUUUAUUGUAUGGUGUCGACGAUGAUGAAAGCAAGAUAACAUCGACAGCUGGUGGUGGCACUUUGGCAUUGGAAUUUGGUAUCUUAAGUCGAUUGACUAAUAACACUGUUUUUGAGGAAGUUACAAAAAAUGCAGUGCGUGGGAUAUGGUCACGCAGGUCGAAACUCAACCUUGUUGGUGCCCAUAUAAAUGUCUUUACUGGUGAAUGGACACAGAAGGAUGCUGGAAUCGGCACAAGCAUCGACUCAUUCUAUGAAUAUCUUCUGAAGGCAUAUUUAUUGUUCGGAGACGAGGAGUACUUGUAUAUAUUUCAAGAGGCUUACAAAGCUGCCAUGCACUAUCUCCAUCUUGAUCCUUGGUAUGUCGAGGUAAAUAUGAAUACUGGAGUGACCGUUUGGCCACUAUUCAAUAGUCUGCAGGCAUUCUGGCCAGGACUUCAGGUUUUAGCUGGAGAUGUUGAUCCUGCCAUUCGAACACACGCUGCCUUCUUCAGCGUCUGGAAAAAAUAUGGGUUCACUCCAGAAGGAUUUAAUCUUGCUACCUCCACUGUUCAGAAUGGACAAAGGAGCUAUCCGCUGCGGCCUGAGUUGAUUGAAAGCACGUAUUGGCUAUUCAAGGCUACCAGAGACUAUAAGUACCUUGAUGUUGGAAGGGAUAUACUAGCAAGCCUUCAAUAUGGUGCUAGAUGUCCUUGCGGGUACUGCCACAUAUCAGAUGUGGAAACUCACAAGCAGGAUGACCACAUGGAGAGUUUUUUCCUUGCAGAAACGGUCAAAUAUCUCUGGCUUCUUUUUGAUUUAGCCGUAGGCCCUGAUAACAUUGUUGAAAAUGGGCCUUACAAAUACAUAUUUAGCACAGAAGGCCAUUUGUUACCUGCUACUCCUGAGAUAGCGUUGGUAGAUGAGCACUGCUCUUAUUUUGGAGCAUUCUGUAAUGGCAGUACAGACCGUGGCUACAGUAAGAGUGAUAGUUCUAGUAAGCACCAAAGUGCGAACAACACUCAGUUUGAUGACAGACAAACUGCUUCCAGUAAAUAUUCAAUGUCCAAUGUUUUGUUUACAACAAGAGGUUACAUUAAGGGAGUUUGUCCUGGAUUGACUCAUGCACAGAAACUUGGCAUAUCGUUCUACGAUGAAGGUGAUAACUCCGUGGAACAGAACUCUAAAAGUCCCGAGAACCCUGAUGAAUCUCAUGUGGUCGAAUCCAGUGUCCACGCUCAAUCAAGUGCUGUUAUAUUGAUGUCUCAUCAUGUCACGAGCCAACCCGAUGAACCUUUGAAGACAAAGUUGAUAAAUUGGCAUCAUGAAACUAUUGUGGUAACUGCUGAUUCUGAUCCCAUGAGGACUGAUGCUACCGGUGGCUUGUCUGAAGGAAGCACUGAAGAACUUUCUGAGGAAACCAUAAGCAUCUCUGAACAGACAGAAGUCACUGAAGAAGAUAUUGCUUCUCAGGACAUUCAACCGAAUGAAGAUAGUACGAGUUGACCCCUAGACCAUGUAGGCACCAAUUCUUUGACUUUACUGGAGCACCUUCAUGCAUGAUCAGAGCUGUCCGUUUUACACUACACAAUGUGCCCGGAAGCAAGCGACAAUGAGCCAGGUCGGUCAAUCAGUAUCUAACCCCUGCUUGAGUUGGGAAUCGAUGGUUGUAAUGGGGGUCGUUCUGGAGUCGGUAUUUACCACAGGAAACCCGAUGGCAAAGGAACUAAAGAAUAAGCAUUCAUUAAUUUAUUCUGUUUGUAGCAAUUAGAUAGGCAAUUGAAUGGUUUCAAUCGAAUAGCAGAUGUGAAGUUUUGUAUACUAGAAGCAAACAAAGAACUAUAUGGGCAUAUGGCCAACUAGGUGCAUGCAACAUACUA